CGCAAAUCAAGCGUCUACUAAUUUAAAAAAAAAUUAUGUUGGCCUUCAGCGGAUACAUAAGGUAGUAUUUAUUUAAAUGAUAUUCAAAUUGUCUGAAAAAAAGAUAAGACUGGUUUAUGCAGAUUUGAUUGAGAUAAAGGGUUGCAUAGUCCAAAUAGUCUAUCAAACCAUAGAUUGUUUCAAUAUUUAAUACGUUCCUUGAAUAAUGUUUUGAUACAAAUUAAGAGUUACGAAAGUAGGAUGGCUGCUUCUUACUUGCCUUUCCGAAUGGGUUACUUGACAGAUUGGAUGGCGAAAAAAGCAGAGGAAGAAUUGAAUGAAACUGAAGAGAAUCGUACACAAGCUCUCACAGAACUCAGGAAAUUGAUUGCAAAAGAAAGAAACCUGGAUAUUUGGACUGAUGAUUUUCACUUGUUGCAGUUCCUACGAGCAAGAAAAUUUGAACCAGAAAGAGCGAUGGAACUCAUUCGCAAUUUAUAUACAAUGUUUAAGGAUAAUCCUGAUGUAUUUCCAAAGCAACUUGACCCAAGCUUAGCAGAUACUAUAUGUGAGGCAAAUGUUGGGGGUGUUUUUCCUUUUAAACAUAAAGAUGGGAGCGUCGUCGUUUUUAUAAAAUGUGGGGAGUAAGAGCAAUAUUGUCAUUCAUAAACUUUUUGAUGUCUAACUAUUCCUAGCGCCAUUAUUUCUAGUAGUGUAACGCUAAAAUAAUUUUUGGGAUUGGGAUUGAUUCAUAAAAACAAAAUUUUUGAAGUUAUACUUCUUAUGCGACUUCCAACAAGGUUGCG